AGAUAAGAGGCAGAUGGUCCGCCCAUGGUUUGCCCAUUUCAAGAGCCAAACCCCCAUAAAAGAGAUGGGUUAUUCCAUCUAUUACUCCCAAGAAUUAUUUUGUAAGAUCUAUCUUUUUACUACUCCAGAGUAACCUCUAUUAUAUAUCUGUCAAUAUUUUCCAUAUUUUCCAUCCUUCACAUCCUUCAUUCAAUCUCUGUUGGCCCAUCCCAUUCCACUUAGAGAUCGACCCUGUACCCUGCAAUAAGAACUCAACCCCAGAUCCAUCGGCACACGUCUCAACCAUUCAAGAUGGCAGCCGACUCACUCCCAAACUCAAACUCAAAGACUCAGUCAUCCAAGAGCUGCCUCUGCUCGGGCUCUAUUCAUGGAGGAUCAUCACGCUCCAGCUCCUCCGCAUCAAACCGUUGCUCCCACUGUAGCUUCCGGACCGGAUCCCCACCUCCGGGACGCCCCGCACCCGGAGACCGCGACAUGAACGCCCUCGAACACUUUUAUCUCUCGAACUCAGCUACCGGUGUCGCCAAUGGAAAUGACCCCCUGGGAGACGACCUUGGUGCUCAAUGGGAAGAUAGCAAGAAACUCGACCAUCAAAUGCCCCAUCAUAUGCCCAAGUUGCCGAAACUGAACUGAGUAAUAACGUUACAUACAGUCAAAAAAGGCAUGUUGGGGUCUAGAGGCAGCGAGUCGGAUACAAGACCAAUAGUCGCGAGACAAAAUGUAUAACAAUAUUGUAUUUCCCUUUUGUUUCUUUCCAGAGUUUCUUCUGAUAUUGCUCUUCUCCUCUUUCAAGUAUCGAUUCUUAUUGCAAUAUGGUACGCACGUCGAGUUGGUAAACCUGGUCAAACUGGGAUAUAGAAGAAUUCAAAAGCGUGUUCAAGUUCUUAAUUGUACAAGCAAUACGCGAUAAAACACUCCACUAUAACAUAACCUCUACAUCUAUAUAAGCAAGAUUC